UAGUGCAGCCUCCCGUCGUAGGGGGGUGCUGUGGUAUGCUGUUCCGUGUCUCUCUGCGCUGUGUGGUUGGCCUGGUUACCGACAGCCGGGAUGUACAGGGGAGGGAGCCGGGGGACACGGAUGGAAUACCGUACACUGCGGGGGCGAGAUCCAUGGACAGCAAGGUUCAUCUGAUCACUCAAAAAAAAACAAAAAAAAAACAGGUCCAUCCAUGGAAUUUACAUAAUAAUCUGUGCAGGACGUCUUGACAUGCAUGACAACAAUAUGAAACUAGAAGAAAAUAUCUCAUGAUGAGUAGUAUACUUAGUGUAUAUACACUGAUACUUUUUAAGUCUGAGUUUAGAAAUGAUUACUCACUUGGAGAAACAUUCUUAGGUGGUCCACCAUGCCUAUAAAAAUGGAUCGACAGAAUCUUCCAGCUCUAGAUUCAGAUGAAAGAAAUUCUCUGUUGAAAGAUGAUGUCAGUGAAGAUUCGGAACAAGCAGAGAGCAAGUAUUUGCAGAUCAAGAACUGGAUAAAAAGCCAGGAAAUACAAGAGUUAAAUUCCAAUUCUAGCAACUCCCUUUUUCAAAAUAAUGAUCCGAGCUCCAUCUACCGCGCUUGUGCUGUCCCAAAACCACCAAACACAGCGAAACCCAGGCAUCGGAAAUUGGAAAGAGCAUUUUCUCUUGAUGAGAAACCCUGGAGGAGGAGAUUUAGAACUAGCCGUGAGAGCUUAACAGAUCCUUUAGAGAAUGGGUCAUCCAGUGGAUCACUCCAAGAAGCUGAAGGUAAUAGGGAUUUUAUAGCUGCUGACUCAGAUGACCUCAUUUAUAAGUCUUCAAGUAUGAAACAUAACCUUGCCUCUGUUUCUUCCAAUAUCGGUAAUUUAGGAAGCAGCAGGCAUUGUGCUUCUCUCCAUUCCAAGGGACCAACUAUGGAUUCAGAUUUAGCCACACACAAUAGAGUUUCAGCUGUGGUACCUCCGUUGAGUCAGAUGAAAUGCACACAACCUCUCCCCCAGCUUGAACUUAAUGUGUCUUCGAGGGCACUCAGGACGGCUAAUAGGAUAGACUCGGAUUAUAUGGAUUACAAACAUUCUACUCAUCAGAGAUUCAUCAGGCAGAGCAGCAGUCUGAGUGACACUAGACUAAACAGCAACAUGGUCUGCCAUCACUGCUCAGUCGAAUCUAUGAAAUCUACCUACAGCUUGCUAACACCCAUUCGUUCCAAGGAUGUACGCAGCAGAAGUUUUAUGGAAGGAAGUCUUCUGGCUAGCGGUGCCUUGUUAGGAGCAGAUGAACUGGACCGAUACUUUCCCGAGAGAAAAGUGGGCAUUUUCAUUGCCACCUGGAAUAUGCAGGGAAAAAAGGAACUUCCAGAGAACCUGGAUGAUUUUUUGCUACCUCCUGAUGAUGAUUUUGCCCAGGAUAUGUAUGUCAUUGGUGUUCAGGAAGGAAGCCCAGACAGGCGAGAGUGGGAAAUUCGUCUCCAGGAGACGCUAGGUCCUCAUUACGUUAUGCUCCAAUCAGCUGCUCAUGGCGUCUUGUACCUCUCCAUCUUCAUCAGACGAGAUCUUAUAUGGUUUUGUUCAGAAGUUGAAAUCGCCUCUGUGACUACACGUAUGGUCUCCCAGAUUAAGACUAAAGGGGCUUUAGCUAUGGCCUUUACUUUCUUUGGAACAUCGUUUCUGUUUAUCACCUCUCACUUCACUUCUGGAGAGGGGAAAGUGUGUGAGAGAUUACUGGAUUACAAAAAAAUUAUUGAAGGUCUUCCGCUUCCGCGAAAUAUCCCAGACACAAAUCCAUAUCGCUCCAAUUCCUCUGAUGUGACAAGCCGAUUCGAUGAAGCAUUCUGGUUUGGUGAUUUCAAUUUCCGAUUAAACAAGGACAGAGGAGGCGUGAAUUCCAUCCUGCAGCACAAGAUGGAGAAAGAUAUGUCUCGGCUUUUACAGUAUGAUCAGCUCCUCAUGGAGAUGAAGGACGGUUCCAUAUUUAAAGGGUUUGAAGAAGCAGAGAUCCAGUUCCUUCCUACAUACAAGUUUGACAUUGGUUGUGAUGCAUACGAUAGCACUACCAAGCAGAGAACGCCUUCAUACACAGACAGAGUGUUGUACAAGAGUCGAAAUAGAGGUGAUAUCAAAGUGAAUAAAUAUUCUUCCUGCUCAGUAGUGAAGACUUCUGACCACAGGCCGGUUUUUGCAUCAUUUGAAGUUCGCAUAAGACCGGGCAGAGAUAACAUUCCCCUGGCUGCCGGGCUGUUUGACCGAGAGCUUUACUUGCUAGGAAUAAAGAGGAGAAUGACCAAGGAACUGCAGAAACGUCAGGCGGCAAAGACUCAGAAAAGCAGCAGUGUCUGCACCAUCUCCUGACUAGAGCAGGAAUUGACCUUGUCUUGCCCUAAUAAUGCAUCAGCAGAGAGCUAUGAACAUUUAGUCUCAUAUGGAUAUCAACAAACCACACACAUCCUUGCAUUCUAUAGGAUAUUGGCUUUGGGGUACUAGGUAUUUUAUUCUAGUUUUCAGUGGCAAUCUGUAAGCUGGACUUAUCUGCCAUGUGUAACAAUGUUUGUUAAAGUCUUACAACUUAAACUAUGUAUGAAUGUAGUUGCUAUGUACAGAGAAUGUAAUCAAGAGGUUAAUUAUGUUCAGCAAAAUCACAAAUGUAUUAAUUUAUUAAAAAUAUAUGUUUUUUUUAUUUGGGCAAGGGGGCAAUACCGUGUAACCAUUUAAUGUUUAACCUCUUAAGGACAUAUGACGGAAUUUUUCCGUCAUAAAACAAUUGAGCAAACUGAAAGCUGUGUCCUUAAAGGGUUAAACAUAGAAGAAAAACAUCCUGCCGGUGAGGAUAUACAAAAUAAAAAAUGUGGCCUUGGAAGAAAACCAGUAUGUGUUAGCAUACAUUAAAAAAAAAAAACCUGAACGGGAGUAUAAAAAAUAAUUCCAACGCGUUUCACGUUACAAUUAGCUCAAAGUUACAGUCAACACCAGAAUUUUUGUUGUUUAGAAAGAAAGAUAAUCCUUUUAUUACCCAUUCCCCAGUUUUGCAUAACCAACACUGCUAUAGAAAUACACUUUUUACCUCUGUGAUUACCUUGUAUCUAAGCCUCUGCAAACUGCCCCCUUAUUUCAGUUAUUUUGGCGGACUUGCAUUUUAGCCAAUCAGUGCUCACUCCUCUGUAAAUUCACGUGCAUGAGCUUAAUGUUAUCUAUAUGAAACACAUGAACUAAUGCCCUCUAGUGGUCAAAAUGCAUUAAGAUUAGAGGCAGUCCUCAAAGUCUAAGAAAUUAGCAUAUGAACCUCCUAGAAUUAGCUUUCAACUAAGAAUAUGAAGAGAACAAAGCAAAAUUGGUGAUAAUAGUUAAUUAGAAAGUUAUUUAAAAUUACAUUCCCUAUUUAAAACAUGAAAGUUUUUUUUGGACUUGACUGUCCCUUUAACUGAGCCCUAAUUGUAGCUCAAAACACUUUGAGAUUAUUUCACACACCUGUGCAUGUUUUAUUUUUUAAUAUAUACAAACAAAUACAGUUUUAUUUUCUCCUUGAUUGACUACGCCACAAGGCAGAACAUGCUGUUAUCCGAGAUGUUAUCGCAGAAAAUGUAGCAUGUCUGCAGAAAGAACAAGACACAAGCAGGAACUGUUAAGCACUUUCACUUUGCAGCGCUGUGCCACAUCAGGCUGCUAUCUUUAAACAGUGCUGUGCUCUGGCUGCACUGUGUAAGUUUUCCUUAACAUAGGGCAGCCAGAGUGAAGCGCUGUUUGAAGAGGACAGUUAAUGCUUUAGUGUAACUGCCUAAUUUAAAAUUGAUUUUAUUUUCAAACUGACCUGCAGAAAUGUUUUUCACUAAAAAAAAACUGAAGAGAGUAAAAAAAAGUUCUGCCUCUGGGUGACUACGUAGUUCUGCCAGGUCUGGCUGUGUUCUUGUUGUACCGCGCAGUUGUCUGGAUAAUGUAGUAUUUUAGCUUAUUACCUCAUGCAGAAGUGUGAGACAAAGCACAGAAUGUUUGGAAUCCUGGAGCAGUGGAUAUUUGUGUACUGAGGAAACCAGUAUGGCGCUGUAGUUUAGAACACAUCUUCAGUUGGUGACAAAUCAAGUGUUAGUUAUGCCACACGCAAUCUUCCUUUCAAUAAAAUUGCCUGGACUAAUGGAAUCAGGCCUCCCCUUAAAAGGACGUUAUCCAGCAAGGAUAUCUGAUUGCAAACCAAAUGUCAUGAUGAUAAUGUUGUCUUCAAAAAUGCUGCAGUUCUUAUAUCGUUUCAUAUGUUGCCAACAUCAAUUAACAGCCGAGCAUUAAACAUCUGAACUAGACGUGCACAUCGGAAAAUUUUCUUUAGUUUCGUGUCGAUUCUGUAUUUUUUUUUUGUACUCGGAUGCAUUUGUUUCGGAUGCAUUCGGUAAUUUGGAAGUUCAAUAUGUGCAUUCAUUUGUUAUGUUAUGUUGAGUCAGAUGGUUCCAACCAACACAAAAUGAAUUAUUUCACUGUUCUAUCUCACUUUAUUGUAACAUAUCUAUUAAUUUUUAUUUAUUUUUUUAUAAUAAAUAUGGAACGGCAAAGGAAUUGUGAUUAGUCCAGAAAGUCAGGCUAUCGCGCCAUGGCCAUUCGAAUAAAACAAAUUAAUCCAACUAAUUCGGAUUUUUCAUUACAAAUUAAUUCGGAUUAGUUAGUUUCGUUACUAGGGUGAUUUGAAAAUUCGUAUACAUUCGAAUCUCUGAAUUAUUUGAAUUUUAUCCAAAUUUCGAUUGGGAACGAAACAAAUUGCACAUGUCUAAUCUGAACCUUGGAACCUUUGCUGUGGCGCACGUGAGUACCGCUUUUCUCUUUUGCUAUUUCAGAUAAUGUGACAGUAGGGAAUUUGUGCAGAGUAUAUUUGCAUUAUUGGUUUUUAAACUGUUAAAAAAGGCUUGAUUUACUGUAAUGCCAUAAAAGCCAGAUGAACCUUACCGAUGCUAAGUAAUUUGCCUUUAUUUUUUUUAUGACAUAUUUAAUUUAUGUAAAUAUGUUUGCUCAUUGAGCAUCACACAACCAAAUAAAAUAUACAUCUUAAUGA